CGUGUGCUAGUUGAACUAAGGGACGGAACGAACCAGUGUCUCGGCUGUUUCAUGAACCGUGUGUCGUGUGGGGCCGAAAACACGAAGCGCUGCGUUAGCUUCUCCUCCCCCAGCUCCACCGUUAGCUGUCGGUGGUGCUGCUAGCUGGAUUUUGGAGUUAGCCGAACCGGGCUACAGAUGAUAUGAUGAAGCUGGUCCGGUCUGCGGGGGACAGCUUGUCUUCCUGACCUCUGCUGGUUUGACACCCGAGAAAAUAAGAACCGGAUGUUAACUUAUAGUUCGCAGAGGAGGUGGCCAAGCUGCAGAAGCACCUGGCCCUGCUCAGGCAGGAGUAUGUGAAGAUGCAACAGAAGCUGGCUGACACAGAGAGGCGCUGUGCUGUGCUUGCUGCUCAGGGUUCUGGUCAGGGCUCCCCCAGCCCUGCAGCAGCAGCAGACACCUUCAUUAGUCGUCUGCUGGACAUCGUGGCCGACCUCUAUCAGCAGGAACAUUACAGUGAUCUGAAAGUGAAAGUUGCAGGGGAAACGCUUAGUGCCCAUAAGUUUGUUUUGGCUGCUCGCAGUGAUGUCUGGAGUCUGGCUAAUCUCACCUCCACCUCUGAACUGGACCUAUCAGACUGUAAGCCUGAGGUUGCCAUGGCAAUGUUGCGCUGGGCUUACACUGAUGAGUUGGAACUCAGUGAGGAUGAUGCCUUUCUUAUUGACCUGAUGAAGCUGGCUAACCGCUUCCAGCUACAGCUGCUUCGAGAGAGGUGUGAAAAAGGCGUGAUGUCCUCUGUGAAUGUCAGGAACUGCAUUCGCUUCUACCAGACAGCUGAGGAACUAAACGCCACCACGCUGAUGAACUACUGUGGGGAGAUCAUAGCCAGUCACUGGGAUGAUCUAAGAAAAGAAGAUUUCAGCACCAUGAGUGCCCAACUUCUAUAUAAGAUGAUCAAAUCUAAAACAGAGUAUCCUCUCCACAAAGCCAUCAAAGUUGAGCGGGAAGAUGUGGUCUUUCUCUAUCUUAUUGAGAUGGACCCGCAGCUCCCUGGCAAGCUAAAUGAAUUAGACAACAAUGGUGAUCUGGCAUUAGACCUGGCACUCUCUCGUAAAUUGGAAAGUAUUGCCACCACUCUGGUUAACAACAAAGCCGAUGUGGAUAUGGUGGACCAGAGUGGCUGGAGCCUCUUGCAUAAGGCCAUCCAAAGAGGUGAUGAAUUUGCAGCAAUCUUCCUGAUUCGCCACUCAGCUCAGGUGAAUGCAGCCACAGUGGGGGCCGUGGAAACCCCACUUCAUCUGGUCUGUUCUUUUAGCCCCAAGAAACAUUCUGUGGAAGUAAUGAGUGGCAUGGCACGAAUCGCAGAGGCUCUGCUCAAGACCGGAGCCAACCCCAACAUGCAGAACAGCAAGGGCAGGACUCCGUUACAUGAAGCUGUUGCAUCAGGGAAUGAGCCAGUGUUCAGCCAGUUACUAGAUUGCAAACAGCUUGACCUCGAACUCAAGGACCAUGAAGGCAGCACAGCUCUGUGGCUGGCCUUGCAGUAUAUCACCGUGUCUUCAGACCCAUCAGUAAAUCCAUUUGAGGACGAUGCACCAGUAGUAAAUGGCACCUCAUUUGACGAGAAUAGCUUUGCAGCACAGCUCAUCCAGAGAGGGAGCAACCCUGAUGCACCUGACACUACCACAGAAAACUGCCUCAUGCAGAGAGCAGCUCGGGCAGGCAACGAGGCAGCUACUCUUUUCCUAGCUACUCAUGGAGCGAAGGUCAACCAUGUCAACAAAUGGGGUGAGAGCCCGCUUCAUACAGCAUGUCGCUGUGGCCUGGCAAGCCUGACAGCAGAGCUGCUCCAGCAGGGAGCCAACCCCAACCUACAGACACAAAAGGCUCUGCCUGACGACACCCAUGGCGUAGCGACACAGACCCCUCUCCACAUGGCCAUUGCUCACAACCACCCAGAUGUGGUCUCUGUCAUCCUUGAGCAAAAAGCCAAUGCACUUCAUGCCACCAACAACUUCCAGAUCAUUCCAGACUUCAGUCUCAAAGAUUCAAUGGACCAGACUGUGCUGGGCUUGGCCCUCUGGACAGGUAUGCACACUAUAGCAGCUCAGCUGCUGGGCUCAGGGGCUUCUAUCAACGACACUAUGUCCAAUGGACAAACCCUGCUUCAUAUGGCCAUUCAAAGACAGGACAGCAAGAGUGCACUCUUCCUUCUUGAACAUCAGGCUGACAUCAAUGUGAGAACUCAAGAGGGACAAACAGCACUACAGUUGGCCAUUAGUAACCAGCUGCCACUGGUGGUAGAUGCCAUUUGCACAAGAGGAGCUGAUAUGUCAGUGGUGGAUGACAAAGGGGACCCUCCACUGUGGCUGGCUCUUGAGAACGGCCUGGAAGAUAUUGCAUCCACACUGGUCCGCCAUGGCUGCGAUGCAACUAGUUGGAGCACAGGGCCCUCUGGCUGCCAGCAGACUCUCCUGCACAGAGCUGUUGAUGAGAACAAUGAGGUGUCUGCUUGCUUCCUCAUUCGCAGCGGGUGUGACGUGAACAGCCCCAGGAAGCCAGGGCCAAAUGGGGAAGGAGACGAAGAAGCCAGAGAUGGGCAAACGCCCCUCCAUCUAGCGAGCACUUGGGGAUUGGAGGAGGUGGUGCAGUGCCUUCUAGAGUUUGGAGCUAAUGUUAACACCCAGGAUGCAGAGGGUAGAGCUCCUGUCCAUGCUGCCAUUAGCAGCCAGCACAACGUCAUCAUCCAGCUCCUCAUCUCCCAUCCAGACAUUCGUCUUAACAUUCGCGACCGUCAAGGAAUGACCCCCUUCGCCUGCGCCAUGACGCACAAGAACAAUAAGGCAGCAGAGGCUAUCCUCAAGAGGGAGCCAGGUGCUGCUGAACAGGUGGAUAACAAAGGCCGUAAUUUUCUACACGUGGCUGUGCAAAAUUCAGAUAUCGAAAGUGUCUUGUUCCUCAUCAGCGUCCAAGCCAAUGUCAACUCCAGGGUUCAGGAUGCAGCCAAACUCACCCCUCUCCACCUCGCUGUCCAGGCUGGAUCUGAGAUCAUUGUCCGCAACCUGUUGCUUGCUGGAGCAAAAGUAAAUGAGUUGACAAAACACAGGCAGACAGCAUUACACCUGGCCGCCCAACAGGACCUGGCCACUAUUUGUUCUGUGUUGAUCGAGAAUGGAGUAGACUUUGCUGCUGAGGAUGAAAAUGGAAAUAAUGCUCUGCAUCUGGCUGUGAUGCAAGGCCGCCUUAAUAAUGUGAGAACCCUACUCACAGAGUCCAACGUUGAUGCUGAGGCCUUUAAUCUCAGGGGUCAGUCACCGAUGCACGUAUUAGGCCAUUAUGGGAAAGAAAAUGCUGCCGCCAUUUUCGAGUUGUUCCUGGAGUGUAUGCCUGAAUACCCUCUGGACAAACCAGAUAAUGAAGGGAACACAGUUCUGCUCCUGGCCUACAUGAAAGGAAAUGCAAAUCUGUGCCGUGCCAUUGUGAGGGCUGGGGCUCGACUGGGCAUCAACAAUAAUCAGGGCAUCAACAUUUUCAACUACCAAGUUGCAACCAAACAGUUGCUCUUUCGCCUUCUAGAUAUGCUGUCCAAAGAGCCCCCAUGGUGUGAUGGGUCAAACUGUUAUGAAUGUGUUGCCAAGUUUGGUGUAACAACACGGAAACAUCACUGCCGCCACUGUGGGCGCCUGUUGUGUCACAAGUGCUCUAUAAAGGAGAUACCCAUCAUCAAGUUCGACCUGAACAAGCCAGUGAGGGUGUGUGACAUCUGCUUUGAUGUCCUAACUCUGGGUGGGGUAUCGUAAUGUAUUGGCCUGGAUAUCCUCCAUCCUCUGACACUGGCCAUGCCAGGCCCAACUCGGCACAGUUUUUCAGGCACACCAGGACAAGGGACAUCAGUAGCAGGACAAACUAACAAGAGAUUCCUGGACAUGGACCAUAGCCUUUAUACUCUUCCAGUCUAUGAAAAACUAUUAAUGUUCUAGAGGGACGUUCAAUUUGAAAGUGAAACAUUGUCUUUUUGUUUCUGUUUUGAUCAAAGUAUCUUAAAGAUGAUAUAAGCAGCUCCUCCAGCUCAGUGACAGCUGGACAGAAUUUGUUAAUCAUUUUCCCAAGCUAAAUAAUGUGUUUGUACCGAUGACCUCUCAUUAUUACAAGCAGGUAACUGCUGUACAAUUCAAUCAUGAAUGAUCAAAUCAAUUCAGAGGAGUGGUUGUCCUCUUCUCUCUUGGUAUAGCCUCCUUCAUGAUGUGUGACCAAAAAAAAUCACUGCUACCAAAUGAAUAUUAACCUUCAUUUAAGAGCUGAGGCUGCUGUCCACCAAGUGACUGAACCAACAGCAUGUACUCUGCAAACUGUCAUUCACUCUUCUGUCAGCCCAAUUCUGU